AUGAAUAAAGGAAUUGAUAAAAAGAGAACUUCUUCAUUUAAUAAAUAAACAAUCAAUUACACCUAUGAUAAAUGUGAUACUUAAUAAAAGAAAUUUUAUUGUCCAAAAUCAAAGAAAGAUGUGAAAAAUAUGAUAAGUGAUAAUAAAUUAAAAUCCUCAUAUGAGAAUACAACUAUAAUGAUGGCAUAAAAUGUAUCAUUGAAAAAUGUUUUAACUGAAUUGGUUCAUAAAUCUGCAAAGAACUAUGUAAAACAACACAUUAAAAAAACACCAAGCACUUCUUUACAUACUCCUGCUGACUUUACCAUUAGAAAAACUGAAUAGUAAUCAUACUUAAUGAAGCAAUAGUAAUCAGUUAUACAUUAACAAUCCUAAUAAACUUCGUAUAGAUCUUUGUUGUAGCACAAUAAGCGGAAUUAAUGGAUUGAUCUAAUUAAUCAAAAGAGUUCAAAUUAUAUAUAAUCAGAUGAAAUAUCAAUUAUAGAUUACAAGUAAAAAUAAUUUAAAUAUUAGAACUUAAUUGGAUAUAAUGACAACAAAUAAUUUGGAUUGGAAACAUCCAUAUACAAGCUAUAAAGAUUAAAGAAAUCAUGAAGAAAUAUCUCAUAUAGACAAUUUAGAAUUUGAAUGUUGGAAAGAAUUAUUAAUGAAUCGAUUAAUAAUACGCUAAGCUAAAUGA